ACGGUAAGAUGGCGUCGGCGGGGAGGGGGCCGCGGGGGGCCCAGGAAGCCGGGCCCGAGGGUGGCCUCCUCUCUGUCUCCUUCUAUUCCUCCCGCCCCCGGGCUCCUGGAGUCCGACGCCGUCCUCCGUGGUGGGCGGGGCCGGGGUUCUAGGAUGCUGUUUGUUUUGGUCUCGGGAGAGUGGCUGGUCUGGGCCUGGCCGGGCCUCCAAACUUGCAAUUGAAAUGGGAAGAAGGAGGAGGAGGAGGAAAGGAGGAAGGAGGGCGGCGAAGAGAAGCGGUGCCGGGCGGGCCGAGCAGUCUUAUCAGCUGCGCUCAGAGGCUGCUGGUCUGGAUGGCCGCGAAGGUAGUGGCGCCUGCUGGUAGGAAGUCUACAUGUCGUGGAGGCGCCUCUGGAGCGAAAAAGAGUUCAAAAUGAGUUAUGCAGAAAAACCCGAUGAAAUUACUAAAGAUGAGUGGAUGGAAAAACUCAAUAACUUACAUAUACAGAGAGCUGAUAUGAACCGACUCAUUAUGAACUAUCUUGUUACAGAGGGGUUUAAGGAAGCUGCUGAAAAGUUUCGAAUGGAGUCUGGAAUUGAGCCCAGUGUUGAUCUAGAAACAUUAGAUGAGCGAAUCAAAAUACGAGAGAUGAUAUUGAAAGGUCAGAUUCAGGAAGCUAUUGCAUUGAUAAAUAGCCUACAUCCAGAGCUCUUAGACACAAAUCGGUAUCUUUAUUUUCAUUUACAGCAACAACAUUUGAUUGAACUGAUUCGGCAGCGUGAAACAGAAGCAGCCUUGGAAUUUGCACAGACACAGUUAGCAGAACAAGGAGAAGAAAGUAGAGAAUGCCUGACAGAAAUGGAACGCACUUUGGCUUUGCUUGCUUUUGAUAAUCCUGAAGAAUCACCCUUUGGAGAUUUGCUUAACAUGAUGCAGCGGCAAAAGGUGUGGAGUGAAGUUAAUCAAGCUGUCCUAGACUAUGAAAAUCGUGAGUCAACACCCAAGUUGGCAAAGUUACUGAAGCUACUACUGUGGGCUCAAAAUGAGUUGGACCAGAAGAAAGUAAAAUACCCCAAAAUGACAGACCUCAGCAAGGGGACAAUUGAGGAACCCAAGUAAAAUAUGUGCAGGAGGACAGCAAGCAACUUUACUACUGCACAGUAUUCUUCAUUUAUAUCAGUCUGUGACUGAAAGAUUUUUACUACAGUACAGGACUUGUUUUCUUUUCUUUUUUUUUGAGCAAACAUCUUAUUUAAAGGGAGAAAUGAUCCUUUAAAUGCUGGGAAAAAAAUGUUGCAUUAAAAGGCGCUGUAUCUCUUUGAAAGUCUGAUUUAGGCUAUGCACUAUGAUACAUUUUUAAGAAUUAGACAAAUUGCAUUUUGCAUUUUAACAUCCCAGUGCUUUUCUGAUUGGCCACUGAAGGAUUUUAGUUUAGUAGCCAUUCAAGUGCUGCAUUAGUAAAGAGUAUCAGUUCAACUGAAUGCCUCACACUUAAAAUGUUUGUAGAGCACUGAUUACUUGCUUUAUGUUAAGUUAUAGUAGCCAAAUAAUGCAUUUUCUUAACCCCAAAGUUCUGUCAAGUUUUCAUCAAGCAUUUUCUUCUGGGUACCUUUUUUUGCAUAGGAAAAAGUGUAUAAACUUGUAAAUUGUAACUCAGACUCUUUUUGUGAGGGUGUUGUGUUUGAUUUCUCUUUGGUAUUUUUGGGUUGUAUGGUUUCUAGGGGAGUUUGUGUGGGGGCAGGGGUUGUAUGUUUUAAUUUUAUAUAUAUAUAUAUAUAUUUUGGUGUUUUAUAUGGUGAGAGACUUGUUCACAAUGGAUCAAUGAACCAUCUUUUUUGCAGUCAGUCUUGCUAAAAAUAAAGGUUUCUUUUUGAUUUCAAGAAUGACCAAAAUGGCUUCUAAAGAGAUCUGUAAUCUCUUUAAUAAUAGUUUUGUCACAAUGGGAUUUUUGUAGUGACACCAACAGUGUUAACUGCAGCCUUAAAAAUGACCAUAUCUAUUACUUCUGGAAUCCUCUUAUGGGAAUGAUAGUCCUUUUGCUGGUGGUGAACUUUUUAAACAUUUUGUGUUUCUAUGAAAGUGGUAUGAGCUUUUUAGGAAAUUCAUUUGUUCUCAAACUUUCCUAUACUAAUGAUUAAUAGCUAUGGAACUUGUACUACAGAGUUCUACAAAGUACCACUCCUAUUUGUUCUUUGGUUCAGCUCUAGAAUUUUACAUUCCUAUUAUAGGAUUGCAAUUUUUUAGGAGUGCAUAAUGGCUCGAUUUCACAACAUUUUGUGUAUGGAUAAAUACUAUAUGCAUACUACAUAUACAUUAGUUAACUAAUAUAUUUGUGACAUAAAUAUAUGUUUUGAGUGUACUUUUGAGCACUGACUUUCCUAAAUUAAUGCUAAUAAUCUACAUGAAAUUCUGUGCUGCUAAAUAAUCAAAAUGAAUCUGAUAAAGCAGUGAAGAAUAACAAUUCAGUGCACUAAUGUGCAUAUAAUAGAUGCUAGUCUAAUGUGGAUUAUAAUUUCGGGUAGAUUACAAUGAUUUAACUUCCCUUUGAAUAUUCAAUGUGGAAAAAUUUGUGUUGGCAUUUAAGGCUUAAAGAAAAGUAGUAACUAUUAAUAGCCACAAUGCAUUAUUUUCAAUCCUGUUUGCCUUCUUUUGCCUUUUAAUUGGAUUAUCUGGUUAACUGAAGUUUUAUACAUGACAAGACUAUUUGUAAUUAAGUAUCUCUGGUAUUUGCUGUCAUCCACAAUGAACUGUUUUGCUAUUUUACUUGGGUUGUAUUCACAUUGUUUCCUACAUUCAAUUUUAUGGAAUAGCUAAAUCUGGCAGUAUUUCAUGUUCAGUUAUGUGUCUGUUUUAUGUUAUGUAAUAGCAGGUUGCAAAGUCAAAUUGUAAUUCUUCACCAGUGAUAGCCAAGUUUAUCUUUAGCCUGGCUUUUUUGGAAACCGAACUUUAAAAUUUUGUUGGUAUGAAAUAUAGGGACAGUUUCUGUGGACUCUGUAUUUCAGCCAUGGUUGUACCACAGUAGAAUAAAUGCUGCAGUCAGGUGAAGUUCAUUCAUUUCUUGAAUUUUCAUUCACCUGUUUGAUUGUACCAACCACCUGAAAACAUUUUCAUAUUUUUAACAUGACAUUUCUUUAUUAUAGAAGAUUUUGAACUCAGAUAAAUUAGGAUAGAAAGGCACUUUUAAUAUCCAAAUGAAAAUUUUAGGAUCAGGAAGAAAAAAAUAGGAGUAAAGAUAAAGGCUGCAUAUUCUUUAAGAAAGCACCAAGAUAAGUAUAGUCUCUAGUCAUCUUUUGUUAUUAGUGUAUAUAAGAUAGUUUAUAUAAAUAAUAUGUAUAAUAUAUAAUCAUUUUGAAAUAUGCUUAAAUGGUAGGGACUAUGAAAAUGUAUAGUUAUUGAAAUAUACACAGGAAUUAUCCUUGACAUCAGUAAAUGAAUGGAUUUUAUCAUAUGCAUGAAAUGUCUUUAAUAGGUGUUUGUUUAUAAACAAAUUGUUGGGAUUUUGUGGUCCCAUUUAAUGAGUUAUAUUAAAAAAUCUAUUGAUUUUUAGAUAUUAGUGAAAAUUGGAAACUUGGACUUUUUUCCCUCUUGUCAUCUUUUCCAUCUUUAAAAUACAAAAAAAUUUCUAUUUUCCCGUGAUAUAUUUAUUUAUGAAUUGGAAACAAUGUUCUCAAUUAAUGGUAAACUAAUAGUUUACAUUGAUAGAGUACUUGCUUCUUUAUGAUCAUUUUAGUUUUUUCAUAAUACAAUUUAAAUUUGUCAUCAUAAUAUUUAAGAUAAGUAUUAGUUUUUCUGAAAAUCCUUUAUUUGGAUCUCACUGUUUUGAUUAGAAAAUGUAGCAGUGUUUUUUACAGAUAUUAUUUUGGCUUUUUAUGCUUUCUUGUAGAAAGUGCCUUCGAAGUUAAAAUUCCUUAGUGUUCUUUCCUAGUUGCUUGCUUUAUACCUGAUAAUCCUAUAGUUAUUGGAAGAGUAGUAAGCUUUAUUCUUCCUUUCUCCAAUUUAGAAUCCUUUCAAUCUAGAUUAGUAAAACAUUGCAUUUGAUUGAUAUGGUUUCCAGGUUUAAAAGUAUAAAAGAAAAGCUAAACUUCAAAAUAGUCUCACCAGACUAGUCUGGCCCCACUUUUAAACUUAGGACAUACUGCCGAAGAAUGGUUGUACACAGAGAACUUAGGAAUGAGAUUUCAUUUUAAGCCUUUGAAAGGCAAACUUCUUUUAUAUUCCUUCUUUUCCUUGAGAAUUUAUGAUCUUUGACUCUGUAAAUACAAAGCAGUACCUGAAAGUCUUUAGGUUUGUGGUAUCUUUAUUUUCCUAUGACAUCUAUAAGCUGUUCAUUAUGGGAAGCAGAGGGAACCAUUUGCUUUUAUUAAAAUUCUAUGUUAAUUAUAUUUUUGCAAAUAGGUUAAGGUACCCCUGCUGGGUUGUUCUUGAGCCCUAGUACAAAUGAAAGACUAAAUUAAAAAGAGCAAAGAGAAUUGGAUUGUCUGCUGGGCUUUUUAUUUAGCUUUAAAACAGUGAGGGAGCUUAGUAACAAUCAAUGGGGCUUGAAAAUUUAGAUAAAUCUUAAUAUAGCAAGUAGUUUUUAGUUUUAGCAAUGUUUAAAUCUUGAUAUAAGUCCAAAAUCAGUUGUUGCUUUGUUGAAAUAUUUAUUUGGAUGGCUAAAUACCCCAUGUGGAUUAAUGUCAUUGACAUAACUGCUGUAAUUAAUGUUUUAGAAGUACAUAUUGUUAAAUUAAUAAUGUAUAAACCGUAUAAAUUUUAUAUUCUGUAUGAGAUUA